GUUUGUUGAUUUUACUCUCAGUCAAAAUUGCUUAAUUUUAUUAUUUAAAAAGUAUGAUUAGUAUCUUGUGAUUGUUUAUUUUUAAAUGUUUGUUUAAUGUCGUUGGUGCUUGAACGUGGUUUACAAAGUUUGAUUAAUGUUGGUUGAAUGAAUUCUUUAUGAAUAACUCGUAAGAACUACCGAUUCUAUUGUUACUUGAGAAAUCAUUUAUUAAAAUAAAACUUCGGCAGGCAAAAAUGGUAUCAAACAUUUAUUUUUUAGGAUGGUAAUCUUCUUCCUUGAUGGACAUAUAUCACAUAAAAUAGUUGGUUAUGUUGUAGGUUUUGAUUUUUCAAGUGAGAAAAAAAAUGUAGGGAGAGAAUUUGGGGCUUCUUGUCUUGGAUAAACACUUCCUUGGGUAUGACCAAUGCUGGAAUUUCAUUUCAUAUCUUACGUUCCCAGCUGAUGUUAGCAAUAAUUAAAAGAUUGUCUGCACACCUACUAGGAGAGAGAGAGAGACAGUUUCAAUGGUCAACGCUAAACUCACAACCAGAAUUGAAGAGAAGAAAUGGAGAAAACCAGAGCAGACCAAUUCAAUCCUCAUUCAUCUCCCUCAUAUCAAAACUUGUACUUUCUCUUUUCUGUUAUUCUUUCUGUCAAACCUCUAUGGGAUCCUUCCUCUUCUUCUUCACAAGUUUCUUGUUCCUUACUCCCAUUUCUGGUAUUUCUUUCUUGGAGUUCAUACAUCCGGAUUUCACUGCUUCCUACUUUCAAUUCAUUGAUAACCAUGGCACCUUCUUAUCCUCUCGCAGCGGAAUGUUUAAAGCUUCUAUCUUCAAUCCUGGGGCUCAACAGAUGAACUUUUACUUGUGUGUCAUCCAUGUGGCAUCAAACACCAUUAUUUGGUCUGCUAAUCACGAUGCACCCAUCUCAAGUUCUGGUAAAAUGAAUCUUACUGUCAAAGGAAUUACCAUUGCUGAUCAAAAUGGCAAUUCCAGAUGGUCCACGCCACCAUUGCAGUCAUCAGUACAUGCAUUACUGUUGACUGAGAUGGGAAAUCUUGUUUUACUCGAUCAAUUUAAUGCUUCUCUAUGGGAGAGUUUCCAUCAUCCAACAGACACACUCGUAAUUGGACAACAUCUACCAGCUGGGUCUUUUCUGUCAAGUGCUCUAUCCGCUGAUAACUUAUCAACUGGGGAUUAUAGACUCAUUAUCACCGGAUCUGAUGCAGUAAUGCAGUGGCAUGAACAGACAUAUUGGAAAUUGUCGAUGCAAGUCAUAGCAUUUGUGAACUCGAAUUAUGCAGUGGAAUAUAUGGCGAUAAACAGAACAGGUCUUUACCUGUUCGGUCAGAAUGAUUCCCUAAUUGUAAUUCAGGUUCCCCUGCCUCCAACAUCAUCCAACAUCCGAAUAGCCAAGCUGACUUCAUUUGGCCAAUUUACAGUUACUACCUUUUCUGCUGAUGGCUGGAAACAGGAAUUUGUGGGGCCAGUUGAUGGUUGUCAAAUACCGUUUAUCUGUGGCAGGGUUGGACUAUGUACUAAUGAUGCUACAUACAGCAACCCAACCUGCUCAUGUCCUGCAAACUUCCAUUCAGCUUCAGACAACAUCACGGGUUGUGUGCCAAGCGAUCAAUCCUUUUCUUUGCCAUUUGCUUGCAAUUCAACCCUUGAUGGUUCUAUUACAUUGAACAGUGCAGAUGAAAAUGUCUUGCAGGGCUAUAUUAAAGCUCUUGUCCUACCAACUGAUGCAAACGGUCCAAUCAACCAUAGGCCAGAAUUUCCUGUGGCUGCUCUGGUUCUCUUACCUUUCACUGGUUUCUUUCUAUUAGCUGCACUAGGUUUUCUUUGUUGGAGAAGAGGAAUAUUCAAAAAGAAUAGGAAGCUAAAAUUUGGGCACUCAGUCUCUUCACAAGACCUGGAUGCAUUCUGCAUCCCUGGGUUACCUCAAAGGUUUGACUACGAAGAGCUAGAGGUGGCUACUGAUAACUUUAAGACCCAGAUAGGGUCAGGUGGGUUUGGUUCUGUCUACAAAGGUAUACUGCCUGAUAAAUCUGUUGUGGCAGUGAAGAAGAUAACAAAUUUAGGUGUCCAAGGGAAAAAAGAUUUCUGUACUGAGAUUGCGGUCAUUGGAAAUAUACACCAUGUCAAUUUGGUCAAGUUGAGAGGGUUUUGUGCCCAAGGGGGACGGAGACUAUUGGUUUAUGAGUAUAUGAACCGUGGUUCACUGGACCGUACUCUCUUUGGCAGUGGACCUGUCAUAGAAUGGCAAGAAAGGUUCGAUAUAGCACUUGGGACAGCACGUGCACUUGCAUACUUGCACUGUGGCUGUGAACAAAAGAUUAUCCAUUGUGACGUCAAACCAGAGAACAUUCUCUUGCAUGAUCAUUUUCAGCCAAAAAUCUCUGAUUUCGGGCUUUCAAAACUCCUAAGCCCUGAACAAUCUAGCCUGUUCACGACAAUGAGAGGUACUCGGGGCUAUCUUGCCCCUGAAUGGCUUACUAACUCAGCAAUUUCAGAGAAAACUGAUGUUUAUAGUUUCGGGAUGGUAUUGCUUGAACUCGUGAGUGGUAGGAAAAACUGCCUACUGCGAUCACCAAGCCAUUGCAUGGAUGAUGAGAACAGUAGUGGCUCCCAAUCUUCAUCAUCAGGAUCCAGAUUUAUUUAUUUUCCACUAUAUGCAUUGGAGAUGCACGAGCAAGGAAGAUACCUGGAGCUUGCUGACACAAAGUUGGAAGGACGAGUAAUGAGUGAAGAGGUGGAGAAAUUGGUGUGUAUUGCUUUGUGUUGUGUUCAUGAAGAACCAUCAUUAAGGCCAAAUAUGGUUACUGUUGUUGGUAUGUUGGAAGGUAGGAUUCCAGUAACCCGGCCAAGAAUGGAGUCUUUGAAUUUCUUACGCUUCUAUGGCCGCAGGUUUUCUGAGGCUUCUACAAUAGAAGAAGAAGAACGGGAAAGUGAUGUUAUGUUGUAUCAGCAAGCAAAUGCCUCCUGUACAAGUUCAGCAAGUGGCUCUCAACAUUACUUUUCUUACAUCUCCUCACAGCAGAUCUCUGGCCCUAGAUAGUAUUGAUUAAUGGCUGAGAUUUUUGUAGCUCUUGUGGUUUUUGGAAUGGAUAUACAACCAUAAAUUGUAUGUGAUAUAGAAUUCUUGUUUGUUUAUUCUCUUUGAACUAAAGUUAAAUAUGUAAUUAUCAUCUUUCAAAGUCCAAUGGAGUAUUGUAGCAGUCAUUUAUCUACCUUACAUAUUACUAUUAACUGUUCAUUUGAGUCAAU